UAAUUUUUAUUUUAUAUUUUGAUUCUAUUGGACUCAGUCGCAAAUAUCUUUUCUUCUUGCUGAUAAAACUCAAAUCCAAAACAUCUAGCUGGUAAAAUUCCAAUCCUGUUGGUCACUACGGCACCAUACAUCACAUUUUCUACGAAGAUCAAUUAGCAUAGUGCGUCGAAAAUAAAAUUCAAUCAUCUGCCAAUGCAUAGGUGAAAGUUAUCAACUGAGUGUAAAAUUCUUUCACAAAUGAAAAUGAAGCUGGAACACCUGAUCACCAUUCUGACAACAUUCUACCUGGUCAAUGUAGCAUUGGCUGAAGACUCGUCAGAAGAAAUUUACUCAUCAGAAUCCUCAUCUGAGGAACUGAUGGAGAAUGAAGCAGUUUUGGAAGAAGAUCCGGAUUUCGAUCUGUUAAUAUUUACCCAGCGAUGGCCGAUAACAGCAUGUUACGAAUGGCGGGAGAAGAGUGCAUCCAAUGUUUGCGGUCUUCCGUCGCCGAAGAAUAUUUGGACCAUCCACGGUAUUUGGCCAACCAAGCGAAAUACCAUGGGACCAAGCUUCUGCAACAAAACCGCCAUAUUCAACGUGACCGAGUUGGAUCCGAUCGAGCCCCAGUUGGAACAGUUUUGGAUCAAUGUGGAAAAAAAUAAACCGUACGAUUCACUGUGGCGCCACGAAUGGUUGAAACACGGAACAUGUGCUGCGAUCGUUCUGGAUCAGUUAAGUACCGAGGAUAAAUACUUCGGACAAGGCUUAUCAUGGCUGCAACAGCACUCAAUGGCCGAUGUAUUGAAUGAAGGAGGCAUAACACCUGGCGCAAAUCAUACCGUCAUCGAAAUUCACAACGUUCUCAUGGAUCGCCUUCAAAAGAAUGCUGCCAUCGAAUGCUAUCACGACAAAGAAACCAAGUCUCAAUUCUUAAACGAAAUUCGUAUAUGCUUCAACAAAAACCUUGAACUAGCAGAUUGUGACGGGAUUUUGUUUGAGGAGGUCGCCAUCGGCUAUCCGACUGGCAAGGUCCUAACCAACUGUAAUCUAAACAAACCGAUCGUGUACCCGACGAAUGUACCAAAGUCACGGUUCGACAGGACACAUAUGUCUCCAUACGAUCUGCAUAGGAAGUUUCUUGAAGAAUACAACCGCAAAAAGGCUAAGGAAAGCAGAACAAUGAAACUACUGGUCAAUAUCUACAAACUUAUUCAGUUGCUCAAGUGGACAACCAUUUGAAAUAUUUUUUUAGAAUAACAAAAAAAAUUAGAGAUUUAUUUUUUACUUUAACUCCGCAACUAAACAUCACAGACUUUACAUACAAUUUUACAUAAUUAUUAACAUGAUUUCAAACUGACGAUCUUAGUUAUAACAACAUCCAAUCCAAUAUUGCGCUUCUUUGAGACCAUCUGGUUUAACUUUGUAAAGAAACUAGCAGCUAUUUAUUUUUUCAUGAUCAAGACCCAAAUAUACUCUUGACAGGAAGUGCAAAAUUACGGGGUUGUCAACAUAAAAUUAUUCUGUUUUUAGAAAAUUAAGCUUAUGCUAAUGUUUGUAAAUAGACCGUUUUUUCAA